CUCUCCACCUCUCUCCUCUUUCUCUCUCGCUCCCUUCCUCUCUGCAACUGAACAGUGAAAAUUCACAUUGUGGAUCCGCUAACAGGCACAGAUGUCAUGUGAAAACGCACAUGCUCUGCCAUCCAUGCCGCCUUUCUUUCUUUUCUGUUUCCUUUUUUUCCCCCUUGAUAAUUCUCCCUCUUCUUUGUAACUAACAAAACCACCACCAACUCCUCCUCCUGCCGCUGCCCUCCUCCUCCUCCUCAGUCUAAGUGAUCACAAAAGAAAUCUCCGAGCCCGAGGCGGUGGCAUUUUUUUAAAGCAAGCACAUUGGAGAGAAAGAAAAAAGAAACAAACAAACAAACAAAAGCAAAACAAAACCCAGGCACCAGCAGCUAGGACAUUUUUUUCCACUCUGCCUGAAAACAAACAAACAGCCAUCAGAAACAGUCAUCAGCAACAGCAUCAAAACUGUUAGCUUAGCGGCGGCGGCCACCGUCACCCUGUGGCCACGACAUCUGCCUAAAGGGAUGCUUCUCUCAGCGGAGCAGCUCUUCGCCGACCGCCUUCUUCCCUCGUGCUGAGCGGAAUUUUUGGGUUCUCUGGGGUUCGGGCUGGGAGCUUCAUGACUACGCGGAGCAGGACAGCGGCCACAUCAUGCGAGCACAAAUUGAAGUGAUACCAUGCAAAAUUUGUGGCGAUAAAUCCUCCGGGAUCCACUACGGAGUCAUCACGUGUGAAGGCUGCAAGGGAUUCUUCAGGAGAAGUCAGCAGAACAAUGCCUCUUACUCCUGCCCAAGGCAGAGAAACUGUUUAAUUGACAGAACCAACAGGAACCGUUGCCAACACUGCCGCCUGCAGAAGUGUCUUGCCCUAGGAAUGUCAAGAGAUGCUGUAAAGUUCGGGAGGAUGUCCAAGAAGCAGCGGGACAGCCUGUAUGCUGAGGUGCAGAAGCAUCAGCAGAGGCUGCAGGAGCAGCGGCAGCAGCAGAGUGGGGAGGCGGAGGCCCUCGCCAGGGUGUACAGCAGCAGCAUUAGCAAUGGCCUCAGCAACCUGAACACCGAGACCGGCGGCACAUACGCCAACGGGCAUGUCAUUGACCUGCCCAAGUCCGAAGGUUAUUACAGCAUAGAUUCCGGUCAGCCGUCUCCCGAUCAGUCAGGACUGGACAUGACUGGAAUCAAACAGAUAAAGCAAGAACCUAUCUAUGACCUCACGUCCGUACCCAACUUGUUUACCUAUAGCUCUUUCAACAACGGGCAGUUAGCUCCCGGGAUAACAAUGUCUGAGAUCGAUCGAAUUGCACAGAACAUCAUUAAGUCCCAUUUGGAAACAUGUCAGUACACCAUGGAAGAGCUCCAUCAGCUGGCAUGGCAGACCCACACCUACGAGGAAAUCAAGGCGUAUCAAAGCAAGUCCAGGGAGGCUCUAUGGCAGCAGUGUGCCAUCCAGAUCACCCAUGCUAUCCAGUACGUGGUGGAGUUCGCCAAGCGGAUAACAGGCUUCAUGGAGCUGUGUCAGAAUGAUCAGAUCUUACUUCUGAAGUCAGGUUGCUUGGAAGUGGUUUUAGUGAGAAUGUGUCGUGCCUUCAACCCAUUAAACAACACUGUUCUGUUUGAAGGAAAAUAUGGAGGAAUGCAAAUGUUCAAAGCCUUAGGUUCGGAUGACCUAGUGAAUGAAGCAUUUGACUUUGCGAAGAAUCUGUGUUCCUUGCAGCUGACUGAGGAGGAGAUUGCUCUGUUCUCCUCUGCUGUUCUGAUAUCCCCAGACCGAGCCUGGCUGAUCGAACCAAGAAAAGUCCAGAAGCUUCAGGAAAAAAUUUAUUUUGCACUUCAACAUGUGAUUCAGAAGAACCACCUGGAUGAUGAGACCCUGGCAAAGUUAAUAGCCAAGAUACCAACUAUCACAGCAGUCUGCAACUUGCAUGGGGAGAAGCUGCAAGUAUUUAAGCAGUCUCAUCCAGACAUAGUGAAUACACUGUUUCCUCCAUUGUACAAGGAGCUCUUUAAUCCUGACUGUGCUGCGGUCUGCAAAUGAAGGGGACGAGAACUCUCAGAGUCAUGGAAUGCAUCGCCGUUAAGACAAAAGCAAUGUGUUCAUGGGGACUUAAGGAAAAUGUCACUACUGCAACAUUAGGAAUGUCCUGCACUUAAUAGAAAUAUUUUUCACCGCUACAGUUUGAAGAAUGUAAAUAUGCACCUGAGUGGGGCUCUUUUGUUUGUUCGUUUGUUGUUUGUUUUUGAAAUGACCAUAAAUAUACAAAUAUAGGACACUGGGUGUUAUCUUUUUUAAUUUUAUUCGGGUAUGUUUUGGAGACAACUGUUUAUAGAAUUUUAUUGUAGAUAUAUACACAAACAGAGCCGUACUUUCCAUGAUUACUCUCCCCGUUGAUUGUUCGACUCUAAUUUAAGAAGAUUCCACUUACUGGACUUACCUAUUUCUAUGUUUUUAGAUAGUUGAUGCAUGUGCAAAUUCGUAACUGUCUUGGAAAGUACUGUGCAUGUAUGUAAUGAAUAUAUAAUAUGUAAGAGUAUUAUAUAUGACUAUUACGUAUCCAUGCACUGUGGCUUAAAAUACCAUGCCCACUAGCAAUGGAGGUUCAGUCAGGCUUUCAUGUGAUUUGCUGUUAUAUGUUACUUUUAUGUUAGACAAUCAGGGUUUUCAUUUCCAGCCAGAGUUUUCAUCCAUCCAUAACAACCUGAUAGGACCCAUGCAGAAGGAAAUCUGUAAAAGAAUCGGGGUAACACGUAAUUGUUCUUUCAAAAGCUCCAUUUCUAUCAAUUACUUCAAAUCCCCAUCAAGAUGGCACAUACUGGGGAGAGGGGAGGCCAAAAGGAUUUAAAGCCACUUUCCUGUUUUAUAGACCAGAUGAUGAUAUUGUCUAUUUAUUACCAUAUUACAAAAUAUUGACGUUCCCCCACAUUGGAUUUGGAAUCCAAUUCUGAAUGAAACUUCACUUUUGUGGUUAUAAUUUCUCCAAGACAACAAAAAAAUUCAGUCUAUAGAUUAUCACCACCAUUAACGUUUUUAGAAAUAUUUGACUAGAAGUAUAAAACAAGUUCCUUGCACCCAUUUUGUGUAGAUAUUUUCUAACCGUUUUCCCAACGAACAAAGAGAAAUAGAGCAUACAAAGUUAAGAAGUAAAUUCACUAAAUUAUACUCAUGGUAAUCUGUUAGAAAUGAGAAAACAGGCAGGAGCCUGUUUUUUCAACUUCAAAAUGCUAUAUUAUAAAAUAUAGAAAAAAUUCAGAUUAGAAAAAAUAAAUCUUUUGUCUAUGGGACUAAUAUUUCCCAAUGCCAAAAUUCUAUCCUACACAGUUUUAAAUGACAUCCUCUAUUCAAACCGGUUAUUUUUUUAUCCACUAAAAUGUAUAGAAUGGAACGGUAACCUAUACAGGUUCUUUACCUACUUUCCUACAAAAUUAAGCACCAGAAAGGCAUGAGCUAGAAGCUAUUUGUUCUCCCUGUUCCUGGAAGGCCUAGGUCUUUAGUAUGAACUAGUCUAAGCCACACACAUGCAUGAACAUGCACACAGAUGACACAGCCACCCACAGACACACACACACACACACACACAUACACACAUACACACACAGACACAGACACACACACACCACUUUGUAGAAACUUGGGUCUUUUGUUUUUUUGGGUUUCUGGGUUGGUUUGUUUGUUUUGUUUUGUUUUGUUUCUUUUUUCUUUUCUUUUCUUUUUUUUUUUUUUUUUUUUUUUUUUUUUUUUUUUUGAGUCAUUUUUAGUCCCUUAUGCUCUCUCAAAGUUCUGGAUUGAGAGUCAUCUUCAGGAUGCCUCAGAACUCCAGUGGAUGAUCAGAGCACAGUAGUUUUAGUCUUGCCUUUCAGAAAACGGGGGCCUUUCUCACCUCAUGAUUGAUGAAUUCCAAGCCAUUGGGGGAAAACAAAAAGACUUUAAAAUAAUGAAUCUCUUUUUCAACCACUGUUAUAUUCAAUUAAUUUAACUACAUUGAACCAAAUUACCUUUGGUUCUGAGAAGACAGCUGUAGACUGCUUAUUAUGCUGCUACAGGGACUCAGUUCUUUUUGGUGUAAAUGUCACUCCUGCUAGCUCUUUGUAUAAAGAAUUAAUUCCAAGAGUCAUAUUUCCUUCUAAUGGAAAGAUUACUUUACUGAUUGCUAGGAAAACAGGGUAAUGGAAGGCACUCAAUUAAACCAAGCCGCUUCCAAAUGCGAUAUAUGUUUUAUGAUUGGCUUGUGAUAAGGCAAUGCUUACUGUGUCUACUUGAUGUUCCCCUUUGAGCUUUGAACUUGUGUCAAACUUUGUUUUCAUUGUUCUGUUGGCCCAGUGUUUCCCAUUGUCAGCCUGAAGAUCCAACGGGGCUGCAAAGGGGAAUCAUUUGUUGCCUUCAGUUUACCUUGGAGGAUUUACAUCGGCUCAAUUGAUGAAGUAGCUGAGAAUUUUUUUCCUCCCUUGUCCCAUGGGUGGUGUAGGAAAGAGAUUGUUACCCACAUUUGCCUCAGGAGAUACUGGUUUUGAAAUUGUGUCAUUUCCACUAGCCCUAGCCUUUCAUUGGGAUGGCACAAACCUUUUGAAGCAGAGGGACAGGAAACAGAGCUAAGAACUGGACCAGAACCAAACAGUGGUAACUAGUACUGGCUCAGCCCACUUUCCACCCAGAGGAGAGAGCUCCAGUUUUGGCUUCAGUUGCCGAGUUUUCCCUUUAAAGAGAAGUCAUGUUUUUAAUGGUAAGAAAGCCUUUAAACACUGCCCUUUGAACAUCUCAGUUGACUACAUGAGAUUUCAGUAAAAAACAAAAACAAAACAACAACAAAAACUCUCUUUACCACACACAGUCUCAGCAAGCUGUUCCUUUUCCUGAGAAUGGGCCAAUGUUCAGAAUGUGCUAGGAUGAGGUGAACAUUGGAAGAAGGAACUGGGCUCUGAAGUCUCCUUUAAACCUCGAGGAUGACAAUCACUGCUUGAUGCAGAUGUUGCACUGAAUCUGCUCAGGGAUGCUACAUUUAAAUUUUAAAAAGUGCAUCGAGAAGGGGGAGGGUCAGAAAAGGAAACUGAAAACAAAAUGUAAAUGCCAUAAAUUGAACAGGUCAGUGAGAGACCCUCCCUGACAGGCUUCAGAGAGGCCACAGUGGCUUAAGGCAGAAAAAUGAAUGAACUUCUUUUUCUUCUUUGAACCUGCCUAGAAGUUCUACCCAAGUAGAGACAUUGGUUCCAUUCUCUAGAGUGAGCAAGGAACAAGAUAACAAGACUGCUCCCCACUUAUCUCCCAAUUAAUCCAGGCUUCCUGUGUAAAUCCUUAGCAAAGGAAAUACAGGGUCUGACCUAAGGGUCAGAGGCCAGAGCUGAUAGGCUAUUGAGCAAGACAAACGCUGUGCCUCUGUACUCUGUAGAAAGAAAGACAAAUCUUGAAUGAAAAUGAUAAUUUCAAAUCUUGGUUGGCAGUUACAAAUAGCCACAUUGUCUGUGAAUUGGUCUAUCUUUGUGGCACAUUUUUCUGGGGCUCUUUUUUUCCUGAUAGUACAUUGAGGGUCAGGAUAGACUUUCCAAACACACUCUGCAUUUUCUUUGUUUUAUUUCUUUCUUCAAGGCUCUGGGCUAAA